AUGUUGCGCUCGUCAAUCGCCCGCGCUUCCAGGAGCUCGGCUACCGUCAUUCCGUCGACCGCGACCCGCACAGCUGUCUUCAGAGCCACCCCCGCCGCCUGCCAGAUCCAGCAGACCCGCCAGGCACACGCUAUCUCCAACCCGACCCUCGCCAAUAUCGAGAAGCGAUGGGAGGAGAUGCCCCCCCAGGAGCAGGCCGACCUGUGGAUGCAGCUUAGGGAUCGCAUGAAGACCGACUGGAAGGAGCUGACCAUGACGGAGAAGAAGGCUGCAUACUUCAUUGCCUUUGGCCCCCAUGGUCCCCGACGACCACCUCCUCCGGAUGAGGGUCGCAACGUCUUCUUCGUCUCCGCUGGUUGCAUCGCGGCUGCUUUCGCCGUCUUCGCUUUCUCCCGCAUGUUCGCAAGCCCAAUCCGACCACGCACCAUGACCAAGGAGUGGCAGGAGGCUACUGAGGAGUACAUGAAGGCCCAAGGAACUGAGCCCAUCACUGCUUACAAGGGCAUGAUGGUCCAGUCGGUGUCCAAGAACAACCUUCCCCCCGGUGAGAAGCUCAAUGAAGAGUAA